GGGCGGGGCUGUGAGUCAGCGUUCUGAGGAUGAGGGGGAUGAAGGCUUUGCCACUUGCGAGGGACGCACUCACUGGGUCGCUUCUGCGUGCAUGAGCUUUAAAACCACCGUGUGACGCCGUGUCUGCCUUGAUGAUGGCGGAUCUCACUGCAGCAGCCAUGACGGAGUUCCAGGAGAAGCUUCGGCAGCAGCACGAGGAGUCCAUGUGCCGCGAGCUGGACGAGCUCGUCGCCACCGUCGGCGAUGCCGACGCGCAGAGUUGCAAGAAAGACUUUGAGGGCUUCAAGAGGCUCUUCCACAGGUUCCUACAAGUUAAAGGACCUUCCGUGGACUGGGCCAAAAUCAAACGCCUGCCCAAGGAAGCCGUGGUGGCGUACGAGGAGAUGGUGGCGGCCGACGUGCCGGCCGACGUGGCGGCGUGCCUCAACAAGCUGGCGGUGGUCAAGCUCAACGGAGGCCUGGGCACCAGCAUGGGCUGCAAAGGCGCCAAAAGUCUCAUCAGCGUCCGCAACGAAAACACCUUCCUCGACCUCACCGUCAAGCAGAUCGAGCACUUGAACAAGACGUACGAUGCCGACGUCCCUCUGGUGUUGAUGAACUCCUUCAACACGGACCAAGAAACCAAGAAGAUUCUUCAGAAGUACAAACAUCACCGACUCAAGAUACACACCUUCAACCAGAGCAGGUACCCGCGCAUCAACAAGGAGUCGCUGCUGCCCAUCGCCAAAGGUUUGGACAGCGCCGAGGCGUGGUACCCGCCGGGUCACGGCGACAUCUACGCCAGCUUGGCCAACUCGGGCCUUCUCCAGCGACUGCUGGAUGACGGCAAGGAGUACAUUUUCGUGUCCAACAUCGACAACCUGGGCGCCACCGUCGACCUGCACAUCCUCCGACGCCUCAUCGACCAACCGGCCGACAGGCGCUGCGAGUUCGUCAUGGAGCUCACCGACAAGACCCGCGCCGACGUCAAGGGCGGCACGCUGAUCCAAUACGAGGACCACCUGAGGCUUCUGGAGAUCGCUCAGGUUCCCAAAGCUCACGUGGAUGAGUUCAAGUCGGUCACCAAGUUCAAGAUCUUCAACACCAACAACUUGUGGAUCUCACUGAGCGCCAUCAAGAGGUUACUCCAAAACAACGCCUUGGACAUGGAGGUCAUCGUCAACCCCAAGACGCUGGAGGGCGGUCUGAACGUGAUCCAGCUGGAGACGGCGGUGGGCGCGGCCAUCAAGAGUUUCCGCAACGCCAUGGGCGUCAACGUGCCGCGUUCGCGCUUCCUGCCCGUCAAGACGUCCUCCGACCUCCUGCUGGUCAUGUCCAACCUCUACAGCCUGGACGCGGGUUCGCUCACCAUGAGCCAAAAGAGGGAGUUUCCCACCACGCCGCACGUCAAGCUGGGAGGCUGCUUCUCCAAGGUCCAAGAGUUCCUGUCCCGCUUCGACAGCAUCCCGGACAUGCUGGAGUUGGACCACCUUACGGUGUCAGGAGACGUCACCUUCGGGAAAAACGUCUCGCUUAAGGGAACGGUGAUCAUCAUCGCCAACCACGGCGACCGUAUCGACAUCCCCGCCGGAGCCAUGCUGCAGAACAAGAUCGUAUCAGGAAACUUGCGUAUCCUGGACCACUAACUAAAAGGGGACGGCGGCGAAAACGAAAAACCAAAAGUGUUCUUCUUCAUGUUGAUGUCUGACCCACAAGCGGGAAUAAGCCAUUUUUGGUCAUCAAACUGUUACUGUCCGCAACUGUGAGAUUUUGAGGUCAAUAAAUGAAAAGUCUG